CAAAAAACGUUGACAGUAGAACAAGUUCGUAUUGAUUGUUAUCCUGAUUCCUGAAGAUUAUAUUAUAAAGAGAAGAAAGGAUCAAUAAAAAUGGGACGUUGGGUGAGACCUGAGGUGUACCCUCUUCUUGGAGCAAUGGGGUUUGUUACUUCUAUGGUUGUGUUUCAACUCACAAGGAAUGCAUUGUUAAACCCUGAGUGCAGGAUAAACAAAGCGAAUAGAAAAUUGGGAAUUCUGGAAAAUGAAGACGAAGGAGAAAAAUAUGCACAACACAAUCUUCGCAAGUAUUUGAGGACACGUCAGCCUCAAGUGAUGCCUUCUCUCAACCGUUUCUUCUCUCAAGAAGACAACUAAAUGAUAAAUAAUGUUAGGUUAAUAAUUAAACAUAUUGGAUUUUGUUUGGAGCGAUGCUUUGAUUUGUAUUGUGUGAUAGUUUCAGAUCCUCGUUUUCUUAUAAAUAAUAAAAAAAGUUGAAGCAUGCAUGUCUUAAUUAACAAUUACA